AUGGCCAGCGCUCCGCCCAAUUUUGGACUGAAUUUAGAUGACCCAGAGGAUGCAAGGAGAGCGGCAACUGCUGUGUUGAUUCUACAGUGGCAUUUUCAAACCCAUCAGGUUCCAAGGACAGGGCAGAGGGUCCACACGAGUGCCAUGACUGGUCAGGGUUGGGUUGAGGAUCUACUGGGGGAAAAGGGCCCUUGUGAUAAAGUGACUUUGGAGGAAAGCGUAGCAAUUGCCUUAUAUGGUCUGAGCCAUGAUUUGACACAAAGAGUGCUAGGUGAACGAUUCCAACAUUCCACUGAGACAAUUCAUCGACGCGUACGCCGCCUAUGCCAGGCCUUAGUCCAAUUAGCACCUAUUGCACUCCGACAUAGGAACACAGAUACUACUCAUCCUCGGAUUCGGAAUAAUAGACGAUUUUAUCCAUGGUUUAAGGAUUGCAUUGGAACUAUUGAUGGAACACAUGUCUCGGCAAGCGUGCCAAGAGGGGAACAGGAUGCCUUUCGUAACAGAAAAGGCACGCUUUCACAGAAUGUUUUAGCUGCAUGUGACCACGAUAUGAGGUUCGUAUAUGUCAGAGUUGGCUGGGAAGGAAGUGCCCAUGAUAGCCGUGUCUUAAUGGAUGUUAUUUCCAAUCCGGAUGCAGCAUUUCCCGUACCACCGAUUGGAAAAUAUUACGUGGUUGAUGCAGUGUACAGACACAUGCCAGGAUUCAUGGCCCCUUUCAAGAGUGGUCCAGGAGGGAGAUCACAGACUGCACAGAAAGGUGAAUUUAAUCGCCGUCAUUCUUCGGUUUGGAAUAUAAGAGAGAGGACGUUUGGGGUAUGGAAAAUGAGAUUCAAAAUUUUGGAUGGUCCAAUGAAAAACUAUCCUGUUGAGGAACAUUGUAGUGGCGUGCUGUGUACUGCACAAUUUCAUUAG